AUGUUUUCAAUACGUCGGAGUUGCCAGUCGGCACUGCGCAGAUCAAACGGCGUUGUCGUCUGUUCCAAUGGCUCGCGCCGUGUCUUUUCCAGAUCAGUGGCGCGAUCGAAGGGCGGCCUUCCCGUCUUUCUCGAACCGUCUUCCCCAGAGCUCUCGACCCUUCUCGCGACGAUCAAUUCCAAAGUCCUGCUCCCCGAGCACUUGACAAAAGAACAGGAGAAGCUUGUCUUCAACGAAAAAGCGAGUGCUAAGCUCGAGACUGAGCCCGUCGAAGUAACCAUCGGCGACGUAACCCUCCCCCUCGAAUACAUCUCCCGCGUUACUCAACCGAGCAGAUCGCGUAGUCUGAAAGAGGUUGUGGCGCAGAGUGAGACAUUGGAAGAUUGGGAGAAUGUGGUGCGUCUUCUUGAAGGGUAUCACAGCGCCGGCAUAGCCGUCAAGCCGAGGAUCCAAGAAAUGGUUGUGCGUAAAUUGAUUGAGAACGAACACUACAACAUCGUCUUGAAGGCGCUGCAGAGGGUCAAGGCGACGGGGCUGCGAUUGAGUACCUACAAUGUCACAGCGAGCGUCUUGAAGAGUGCGCACGACCGGGCUGCCACGUCUGACUGGGAUGCGGAGGAGACGGCCAAGGCCCUGCGCUUUGCUCGGCAGAUUGUGGAUUUGAUGGAGGAAGAGGAGCACCACGCAGUCCUGUCCAAGGGCGUGAAAUCGACACGAUCCGACUGGAGGAGCCAGCCGUACGUUAUCGCCGUGCCCACGGAGCUGGCAGCUAUUAUUGCCCAAAAACACGAGGGAGACGUCGAGAUAGUCAAGACACUCGCCAACCGCCUCGUCAACGCACUGAAGCAGGACGCCGCCGCUGCAACGCCCAAAUCGUCUCCCCAACAGGCAGGCGUACGAGUUCAGGACUCGAUCGACCGCGUCGCCGCUCUCAGCACAAAGACAGAAGCAGACUUCAAGAACGGCACAGCCCAAGGACAUGCUGUGUUUGCAUACUGCCAAGGCCUGGCCGAACAGCUUGUUGUUUGGAAUGCCCUCAGGACAUCGCAGGCAGUGCUGGGCGCCGAGAUGCCUCUUGCGCCAGAGGCUGCCGAGUAUGAGGCGAGGACCAAGAAGCUUCUCGACGAGAGUCUCGAGGCUAUGCCAAGGCUGCGGAAGAGAGGUGCGGAUCAAAUAAGGACCACGUACCCUGUGUACCUUGCGGAGCAGUUGCAGAAGUGUCAGGCUUAG